AGCGCGGUGCACGCCGGGUGGGCGGUGGGCGGGGCCCGGGCUUUCAUCAUGGCGGUUGCGGCGGCUGCCCGAUUCUGGCUCUGGGCUCCCCUACUUAUCCCUGCGGCUGCGGUUUAUGAAGACCAAGUGGGCAAGUUUGAUUGGAGACAGCAGUAUGUUGGGAAGCUCAAAUUUGCCUCCUUGGAAUUUUCCCCUGGAUCCAAAAAGUUGGUUGUGGCCACAGAGAAGAAUGUGAUUGCAGCAUUGAAUUCGCGGACUGGGGAGAUCUUGUGGCGCCAUGUUGACAAGGGCACAGCAGAAGGGGCAGUGGACGCCAUGCUGCUGUAUGGACAGGAUGCAGUCACUGUGUCCAAUGGAGGCCGGAUCAUGCGUUCCUGGGAGACUAACAUCGGGGGCCUGAACUGGGAGAUUACCUUGGACAGUGGCAGUUUCCAGGCACUGGGGCUGGUGGGCCUGCAGGAGUCGGUGAGGUAUGUCGCGGUCCUGAAGAAGACGACCCUUGCCCUCCAUCACCUCUCCAGUGGCCACCUAAAGUGGGUGGAACAUUUGCCAGAAAGUGACAGCAUCCAUUACCAGAUGGUGUAUUCCUAUGGCUCUGGGGUGGUGUGGGCCCUCGGCGUUGUCCCCUUCAGCCAUGUGAACGUUGUCAAGUUUAACGUGGAAGAUGGAGAGAUUGUGCAACAGGUCAGGGUUUCAACUCCCUGGCUGCAAAGUCUCACCGGAGCCUGUGGUGUGGUGGAUGAGGCUGUUCUGGUGUGCCCUGACCCAAGCUCCCGGUCCCUGCAAACCUUGGCCCUGGAGACGGAGUGGGAGUUGAGGCAGAUCCCACUGCAGUCUCUCGAGUUAGAAUUUGCAAGUGGAUUUCAGCCUCGGGUCCUGCCCACACAGCCCAAUCCAGUGGAUCCUUCUCGGGCCCAGUUCUUCCUGCAGUUGUCCCCAAGCCACUAUGCUUUGCUGCACUACCGUCACGGGGUCCUGAGUCUCCUGAAAAACUUCCCACAGGCUGCCCUCGUGAGCUUUGCCACCACCGGGGAGAAGACAGUGGCUGCGGUCAUGACCUGUCGCAAUGAAGCGCAGAAACCUAGCACUUCCGAGGAGGGGUCCAUGGGGAGCUUUUCCGAGAAGUCUAGUGCACAGGACUUGCUGGCUUGCUUCAACCAGACUUAUACCAUUAACCUCUACCUGGUGGAGACCGGUCGGCGGCUGCUCGACACCACAAUCACCUUCACCCUGGAACAGAACAGCACUCGGCCCGAGCGGCUCUACAUCCAGGUGUUCUUGAAGAAGGAUGACUCUGUGGGCUACCGGGCCUUGGUGCAGACAGAGGAUCACCUGCUGCUCUUCCUGCAGCAGCUGGGGAAGGUCGUGUUGUGGAGCCGGGAGGAGUCUCUGGCAGAGGUGGUGUGCCUGGAGAUGGUGGACCUCCCGCUGACUGGGGCGCAGGCCGAGCUGGAAGGAGAGUUUGGCAAGAAGGCAGAUGGCCUGCUGGGGAUGCUCCUGAAACGCCUCUCGUCCCAGCUCAUCCUGCUGCAGGCGUGGACUGCCCACCUCUGGAAAAUGUUUUACGACGCUCGGAAGCCCCGCAGCCAGAUCAAGAAUGAGAUCAACAUCGACACCCUGGCCAGAGAUGAGUUCAACCUCCAGAAGAUGAUGGUGGUGGCGACAGCCUCGGGCAAGCUUUUUGGCAUUGAAAGCAGCUCGGGCACCAUACUGUGGAAACAGUAUCUCCCCAGUGUCAAGCCAGACUCCUCCUUCAAACUGGUGGUGCAGAGAACUACUGCCCACUUCCCCCACCCGCCGCAGUGCACCCUCCUGAUAAAGGAUAAGGAGACAGGAAUGAGUUCUCUCUACGUCUUCAAUCCCAUUUUUGGGAAGUGGAGUCAGGUGGCCCCCCCGGUGCUGAAGCGCCCCAUCUUGCAGUCUUUGCUUCUCCCCAUCAUGGAUCAAGACUAUGCCAAGGUGCUGCUGUUGAUAGACGAUGAGUACAAGGUGACAGCUUUCCCAGCCACUCGGAAUGUUCUGCGACAGCUGCAUGAGCUGGCCCCUUCCAUCUUCUUCUACUUGGUGGAUGCAGAGCAGGGGCGGCUGUGUGGAUACCGACUUCGAAAGGAUCUGACCACUGAACUGAGCUGGGAGUUAACCAUUCCCCCAGAAGUACAGCGUAUCGUCAAGGUGAAGGGGAAGCGCAGCAGCGAGCACGUGCAUUCCCAGGGCCGUGUGAUGGGGGACCGCAGCGUGCUCUACAAGAGCCUGAACCCCAACCUGCUGGCCGUGGUGACUGAGAGCGCCGAUGUGCACCACGAGCGCACCUUCAUCGGGAUCUUCCUGGUGGACGGAGUCACUGGGCGCAUCAUCCACUCCUCCGUGCAGAGGAAGGCCAAGGGCCCCGUGCACAUCGUGCACUCAGAGAACUGGGUGGUGUACCAGUACUGGAACACCAAGGCCCGGCGCAACGAGCUCACCGUGCUGGAGCUCUACGAGGGCACGGAGCAGUACAACGCCACCGCCUUCAGCUCCCUGGACCGGCCUCAGCUGCCCCAGGUCCUCCAGCAGUCCUACAUCUUCCCCUCCUCCAUCAGUGCCAUGGAGGCCACCAUCACCGAGCGGGGCAUCACCAGCCGGCACCUGCUUAUCGGACUACCUUCCGGAGCAAUCCUUUCCCUCCCUAAGGCCUUGCUGGAUCCCCGCCGUCCUGAGAUCCCCACAGAACAAAGCAGGGAGGAGAACCUAAUCCCGUAUUCGCCAGAUGUACAGAUACACGCGGAGCGAUUCAUCAACUAUAACCAGACAGUUUCUCGAAUGCGAGGUAUCUACACUGCCCCCUCAGGCCUGGAGUCUACUUGUUUGGUUGUAGCCUACGGCCUGGACAUCUACCAAACGCGAGUCUACCCGUCCAAACAGUUUGAUGUCCUGAAGGAUGACUAUGACUACGUGUUAAUCAGCAGUGUCCUCUUUGGCUUGGUUUUCGCCACCAUGAUCACUAAGAGACUGGCACAGGUGAAACUCCUGAAUCGUGCCUGGCGGUAAAGACCCAGAACCCGCUGCCAGAGAGGAGAGCGCCGAGAGCCGAUGGGGCGAGGGUCGGUGAAACACCCGCUGCAGUUUGAUGGGAUGGAGGACAUGUGUGGGUGCCCGUCUCGGUUCAGCGUUAUGAGGAAGAAGAUUGGCUCUAUGGAGGUUGCUUUGGGAUAUGUCUGGGGCUGACGGUGGAUGGAGGCUGAACUCUCUUAGCUGAGAAUCUCAAAGCAUCUCGAUGGACUUGCCGCUGAAGUCCAAAGGCCCUUGGCCUGUUUCCUCUCUUUGCCCACCUUUUUUUUUAAAUAAGAUCUCCCAACAGUUUUCUCUUUUGUGAGGCUGUUUAAAUUGAUUUUGGUUUGUCUUCUGUUUCCCAGGUUAAUCUAGAAAUCCUUGUUUCCCUGCUUCUUGCUUGAGCUGGAAGGGAACCGCUGUUGGCAGCUCCACCUUAUAGGUGCAUUUGCUGUGUUACACUGGGGAGGGAGAAAAUCCGUCCUUAGCUGCCGUCUCAGGACUGGCCCAGCCUCUGUGGCUUCUCUCCAAAGUAACUCCUGGUUGAGGAAUCCAUUUUGGGUGUCAAACUUACUUUAAUUAAGCCUCUAGUUUCCUGUUCCCAUUCAGGGUGGGCCACCCAGACUUUGUUUCAGUUUAUCAAAAGCCAAGUAUGUAACUAGUGUCUUGGAUUGUUGAUCACUGCCCCCGUUUUUAACCUAAGGCAUGUCCAAGCUGAGGCCUUGUUAUUAAUACUACUGACUUGCCUGAGCCUUGAAGAGGUGUCCGGGAGGGAACCUGCCUGCUCCACAGUACCUCAUAAUCUCCCCGCACCCACAGCCCAGUCAUAUAACCUAGUUAGGGAAAGUUGUCCUUGUUUAAGAACCUCACUAUUUAUUUUUAGUUUUAGACAUAAAUUAACAUGUGUGGGUCACUAGAUUGCUCAUAAAAUGAGCAGAUUUUAAAUCUUACAGAUCCUUUAGAAAUGGAGAAAAAGGGUAGAGGUAGGAAAUUGGCAUUUUGUGGAUGGGGCAUUGCCGACUGGCCGGGCUGCUGUGUCUGCGGCAAAUGAAAGGUGUCCCAAAAGUCUCCCCUUGUUCGUGGCCUUAGGGAACGAUGGGGUUUUCCUUUACUGUGAAGAGAGAGAGGUGCAGAGCUGGCCUCUGUGGGGGGAGGUCCACUCAAGUGUCUGAAUAAAGCGAGGCACGAAUGACACUGGGGGAGACCGUUUUUGUGGUUUAGGAACACUCUGAGGCUACUCGUGCAUUAGAAGGGAUGCAAAGCAGUGCAGGAAUUGUUUUUAAAAAACUAUCUUUCUGUGGUCAUAUGCUGAUGGUAGAUUGUGGCAAAGAAGGAAGAAAUAUAUUGUACUUAAGUAAAAACAAAAUUGUGAGAUUGACUUUAAUGAAUGAACAUCUAAGAAUCUCCAGAAAAACACCCAGGCAUCUGUCUAUCCCGACUCAAGGCACACUGUGCCUAACGUGAGCUGGGGGUUGGGGGCCGGGAGCCGGUGGGAGCUCUGCUCUGGUGCUGAGGAAGCAGGGCUGGGACUUCAACUGCCCCGCACAAACCUGUGCGGCUGCCUCGCCGGCCGCUGCCUGCCUGCCUGCCUGUUGUGCUGGCCCCGCCCAACAAACCUGGGAGAGUCUAGGUCACAUUUACCCAGGUGCCUGCCAGAAUCUGCAAGAACAAUCUAAUGGGAGGGAAGUUAUCUGACCUUUCAUAAAAUUCCCUGUAUAUCUGCUUUAACUACUACGUUUUUACUGAGAGUUACCUCAGGUGGCAUGGUCAAAUAAAUCUCAGUUGUCUUCCCAGCCUUUCUUAUCUGAAAGGAGCACUCCGCUCUGACCAGCUCUAC